UGUCUCCCCAAACCACUUACUAAUCUAUUUAUAUGAAGGUUAUGAAAGGAGCGUAUGACGCAUUUCUGAAUCCGUGGGAUGCAGCAGGAGAACCGAUCUAAAAGUACAUACAAGCAAGAAAGAAAAACCACCUGGAGCAGAGGUUGUGAGUACUUUAAAUCAUCCCGCUUCGUUGGGAAACAUGAAUGACUGAGUGAUCCUAAUAGGCUUAAUACUCAUAGGCGGCACAAAGGGCUCUAUUGUUGCCUGCAGAUGCCCAUCAGUGGUGCAGUCGCUCUUUGAAGCCCCUCCAAUCGCUGCGAAUAGCGCCACCGACGGAGGGCGGGGUUUGCCCCCCCCCCCCUCCGUAUCUGCUCGAAGCCCCGCUCUGGCACAGCGUUCCAUUGAUUUACACGGAGAGAAGCCGAGCGGCGGGUUUCAAGGAUCUCGCUGUGGAUCGGUUGGAUAUCUGGGAACCUGAAUGAUGCGCAGCUGCAGGAGGGCACGGUUCGGACAGGUGUGAGACCUGUGGCGCUCAGAGAUGAAGGUCACGCUGAUAUUUUAACCACGCUGUCAUACGACCCCCCCCCCCCAGACCCCCGCCCCCCAGGCCUGGCACGGUGGAGCCCCACAUGGAUGGAUCCUGCUGUAGGAGCUGUACUCAUGGAAUACAAAGCCUGGCUGAGUCCGCCCCUCUCCGGAAGCCUCCCCGCAGCCCUCUCCUCCUGACACAGCCUCUCCUGGUCCCUCUCGACAUGAGGGUCUCUGCUCGGUGAUUCGGUGGACCCUGCUUUUAUCGGGCUCUUGUUCUUGUACGUAACUCACAGGAUUUGUCUGCGCUCUGGGAUUCCUUUGUGUCAAAGGGUUUAGCACAGGGUGCGCAAAGGGUGGCGGAGCGGGGGACUUCGUUUGCGCACAGCUGCUGUGUUUUUGUGGCCGGGUCGUGAUGGCGGGUAGCCGGCCGGAGGCACAGGACCACCCGCCCGAGAACGGCUUCACCCCGCUGGAGCGCCCGGCGCCCCGGCUGCUGCCGCACAUCGACGGGUGUGUGCUGCCAUCUCUGGGGGGCUUCGGGAGACACCAGAAGCAGCUAGUGGUCCUGACAUGGAUACCCGCGCUUUUCAUCGGCUUCAGCCAGUUCUCGGAUCACUUCUUGCUGGCGCAGCCUAACGGGACGUGCGUGUCUCCCGCGGGUAACCACAGCAACUGGACCGGGCCACCUCUGCUUGCCAGCGGCGCGCCCGCGCUGCAGCUCCGGGCCAACGGCACCGCGGAGGAACCCGGGGACAGCGCCGGGCUGCUGUGCGCCUGCGAGGAGCGGAGGCUGGAGCUGCAAACAGGACUCCUUCAGAAUGUGGUUACCAAGUGGCACCUGGUGUGCGACUCGGCCUGGAAGGUUCACAUAGCCAAGUUUUCCUUGCUGGUGGGCUCAAUAUUUGGCUACCUGGUGAUGGGUGUGAUGGCUGACUGGUUUGGCCGACACCCGGUGUUGAUUCUCUCGGCGCUUUUCAUGCUGGUGUUCGGCCUGUCUGUCGCCUUCUCUGUAAAUGUCACCAUGUUCAGCACCUUGCGCUUCUUUGAGGGUUUCUGCUUGGCGGGCCUCGCUCUCUCCCUCUACGUGCUCAGAAUCGAGCUUUGCUUGCCAGGCUGGCGCUUUUCCAUGACCAUGGUGGCCAGUUUUCUGAAGGUGGGCGGGCAGCUACUGAUGCCAGGGGUUGCCACUCUGUGCCGCCAUUGGCCGAAUGGGGAUGACUGGCAGGUGCUGCAGAUCGUGAUCAUCAGCCCUUUUGUUCUGAUGCUGCCAUACGUCUGGAUUUUCCCCGAAUCGCUACGCUGGUUGCUGGCCACCCAGCACUACAAACGGUCCAAAGCCAUGAUGCUGCGCAUCGCCAGGAAAAACCAGGUUGACAUGACAACAGAGGCCAGUGGAGUUCUUGCAGAGCUGGAACAGGAGCUACACAAGAAACCCCAGAGGAGCUGCAUUGUCAAGAUGAUGAGCACCAGGAACCUGUGGAAAAACAUUGUGGUGCUAUGUGUGAACUCCCUGACAGGUUAUGGGAUCCACCACUGCUUCGCCCGCAGUAUGAUGGACCCGGAGGCCCAGCCCACGGCUUUGUGCCACACAGACUACUACACCAUGGCUGGCAUCGCCGUGGCCACAUGCCUGGCUCUUUGCCCUGCAGUGGGACUGAUGGGUCGGCGUGGAGGACUGCUCACCUUCAUGAUCAUAACAGCUCUGGCAUCCCUACUGCAGCUGGGUCUGCUCAACUUAAUUGGAAAGUACAGCCUCCGCCAUGACACAGUUCUACGAGACACACUGAACAGAAAAUUCUCAGUGGCCUUCUCCAUCAUCGGCAUGUUCUCUUCUCAUGCCGUCAGCACUCUCAGUAUUUUCUUUUGUGCUGAAAUCACUCCCACUGUCAUCAGGGGUGGAGGUCUGGGCCUCGUCCUGGCUAGUGCAGGCUUCGGGAUGCUAACCGCCCCAAUCAUGGAGCUGCACAACCAAAAGGGCUACUUCCUGCAUCACGUGAUCUUCGCCUGCUGCACGCUGCUGUGUAUCAUCUGCCUGCUGCUGCUGCCAGAGCCGCGGGGUCAGCCGCUGCCAGAGAGCCUCGCCGACGGAGAGACCUUCACCCGUCAGACCCUGCUUCAUCCUGGGGAGCAGCAUCUCCUCCUUGUCAAGUACGAAAGGGACUACUCGCGUGUUCACGACACGCCCUUACAUCUCACAGCCACAGGGGGCGCUACGGCAGCAGUAGCCACCGCUCUGGCAGCGGUACCUGCUUCCUAUGCUCUCGCAACCGGUGGUGAGGUGAUUGGCAACUGUGCCAUAGCCAACGGGGUAUGAACAUCACAGCAAUAGUCUUCUACUGUGCAAAUAACUGAUGCAGCGAUAACCAGAUCCAAGAUGUGAUCAAAUGUUUUAGGAGAAAAGGAACAAAAGUGUUCGGACAAACCAGAUGAACUGCUAAGCUGUAGUGAGGUUUGAGAUGAUGACAAUGUCAGCAAGCCUGUGUAACGUUUAGUGACAAUGAUUCAUUCAGGAGUUGCCAAAAAAUAUUGUGUGGACCUGGUUUAUCUGAAGUCAGAAUGUGACGAUGGUGAUUUUUCUGCACUGCUUAAAGUAAAUGAAUGCAGGGAAGCAAACCAAUGGCAGAUUAACUUUGUGACUUCUGUGUUUGUAGAUUUGACUUGUUGAAACAGGCCAAUUGUGGAUCAUUUGAGUGGGCCCGAAUAGUUCUUGGUGUGGAAAACUAUAUGGUUCAACUUCUGGUUUUGGUUUUUUGGUGAACUUAGAUGUUUAAAGAUAACCUAAGCAAAUACAAAAAAAAGGUGGUUUUCAUGUAAUAAUUUCAUUUAGCAAGUGAAAAAAAGUAAAUCAACCCAACUUGGAAAAACCCAACUCUGUGUUGUCCUGCGACAGACUGGCGACCUGUCCAGGGUGUACCCCGCCUCUCACCCGAAACGUUCGCUGGAGAUAGGCACCGGCACCCCUCCCAACCUGAGUAGGGACAAGGGUGUACAGAAUGGAUGUAACAUAUGUUGGUGUGGAGGAAUUUUGGUCCGCAUUUCUCUGCAGAAUAGCUUUGGUUCAUCCAAACUGGAUAGUUUUCGAUCUUGAGAGGCCUAUUUAAAGUCAUACCACUGAAUCUCAGCUGGAUCCCAAUCUAGAUUUUGAACAGGCCAGUAGAACGCCUUAAUUUGUGUUGGCUGAACAUCUGUUGCUGACAUUAAAUGUCAGAUGUCAGUAUUCAUGGUCCCAUCAAUGCAGUCUGGUGGGAUAGUAAAGAUGUUUUAUUUUGGGAGUAUGGGAUGGGAUUUUGAGGUAUUUUUGCUCACCAGUGGGAACUCUUCCAUUGGUGUCUCUUUUACUCAGCCUCCUUUUAAAUGUUGCAUGAUGAACACAAAGGUCUGCAGUGCUUCCAGAUGUUCUGGGUUCUUUUGUGACCUGGUUGAGCUGCUCUGUGUGAUUCUGGUUCACCGAUGUUCAUUGUUCUCUCCAUUUGUGGACAAUAUGGUUACUUGGUGUCAUAAAACCUUAGAAAUGGUUUCAUCACCCAUUCCAAACCCAUAGGUGUCAAUCUGAUCAUAAAUUUCUGUAGAUCAAUUCAAUGUGUGUGUGUUUUUUUUUUUUUUUUUUUUAGAUAAUUUAACAUUUUUCAUGCUUUUAAACUUCCCCUAAAGGAAUUUCUUGAUUCUACUGGUCUGAAGCUAAUCAGGCUUGAUGA